AUUUUCUGUCAGUUUCGUCCCAAACCAGUAACCUCUGUGCAGUUGUAUUGAAAGAUCAAAACUUCCGUUCCAUCCCUCCUUUCUUCCUCUCCAUUCUUCAAGGGAAGAGAGAAGAAAGAAAGACGGCUGAGAGAUGGGAGUUAUAUCGAACAAGAUUUCCAGAGAGCAACUCAAGCCUGGAGAUCACAUCUACUCAUGGAGGCGGGCCUACAUCUAUGCCCAUCAUGGUUAAUUCUCCCUCUUUCUCCCCUUCCGGCAUAUAUGUUGGUGAAGGAAAGGUGAUCCACUUCACUAGGGGAGCUGGAGGGGAAAUAGGCACUGGAACUAUCUUAGAUCAUCUUAUUUUUAGCUCAUCUCCUUCUCAUCCUUCAGGCAAUCCAUGUCCAGAAUGUGGUGAUAAACCAAGGCUUGCUGGUGUCAUUUGUUCCUGCAUUGACUGCUUCUUAGCUGGUGGUGACCUAUACCUUUUUGAGUAUGGAGUUUUACCUGCUUUCUUUCUUGCCAAGGUUCAAGGAGGGACCUGCACCCUUGCUUCUUCUGAUUCACCAGAGAAUGUUUUUCAGCAGGCUGGUUUCCUUCUUGAGAAUGGCAUUGGUGGCUACCACCUAUUCAAGAACAACAGUGAGGACCUUGCAAUAUACUGCAAAACUGGUUGAAUUGGGACCAAUAACAUCAUUGAAGGUCAGAGUGGGCAGGCAAUAUCAUUCAUAGCUGCAUCGAGGGCUACCAGCUUUGGCCUGACGGCUGUGGAUUGCUGUGGGUAUCUUCUUAGCCAGCUGGUUUAAGACAUUGGAAUGUGGUGUGAUGUGGUAACAGUCCCAGUAGAAACUCGCUUGUUGCCUGUUCCUAUACAAAGGAAACAGAUAUGGACAAUGUGGCCAAGGUGGAUUAAAUGGCCAAGAACAAAACAGCUUUACUAUUGGAUUGAUGACUCGCAAAAAUUUGCUUGGAAGUAUUAAAAAAGUUGGUAGCUUGUGCAUCUUUUGUUAUUUACUUCAGAUUGUUGUGAUAUUUGUGCCUUAAUUGUUUAUAUGGAUAUGGUAGCGACAGAUGUAGCCAAAUAUUGUUCAGUUUCAAUGUGUUAUACAAUAAAUAUUCUCCUCUUUU